AUGAAUUUUUAUUUAUUUUUUAAUUUUUUCCUUGUUUUCUCAUUCUGUUUUCAAUUAAAAAUUAUUAAUUCGAAUUAUUCUGGAAAAUGGAAGGACCGUUUACCUUAUUACAAAUUAAAGUUAAAUGGUGACAGUAGACCUACUAAUUGUAAUAAACAAAAUUCAAGUUCAGUUCCUGAAGGUCCAGUCAACAUAAAAACAACAAAACCUUUCUAUCCAAAUUUAAAAUCAAACCUUGUUUUUCAUUCACCAAUUUCUUCUAAAUCUUCAUUUCCUUCAAAAUAUUCAGGUUAUUCUUCUCAUCAGCUAUCACCUCCAUAUAAUCAACGACAAAAGCACAAACUACCAUCUCUCAAAAAACCUUGGUGGCCAUUACUUCAUCCAACAUUUCCUCCUUCACCUCCAUUACCUCAAUUUAUUGGGCCAGAAAAGAGAACAGAACAAUCUGCUUCUUCGAUAGAUUCUCUAACUAUACACCAACUUUACAAAAACACUCUCAACGCCUUAUGCCGUUUGUUACCCCGCCUUUUACGAAAUCUCUCAUAUGAGGAGUGCAUUGUUAGUGGACGAAAAGCUGCCAGAUAUAUUCGUCCAAUAAUUCGUAAACAAAGUGAACAAGCAAGUGAAGAAGACAAAACUCUAACAAACAAAGUAGAUCAAGUUAAUCGUUGGCAUAAAUAUAGGUUAAAACUGCCUCAAUCAAAAACAGUCAAAGAAUUAAUUGAGCCUUGGUAUUUUAGUGGAUUAACGAAAGAAAAUCAAAAAAUUGGAAAGAAGAAUUGCGGGAAUUAA